GCUGCAACCACACACUGAAAAUCAAGCCAAUUACAACCAACAAAGAACAACAAUAUGAUUCGACAUUUGAAACUUCCCCAUCGAGGCAAAUAGGAAGACAUGAUUUGAGUUUUGGGGGAUUUCUCUAUCGACUGACUAGACAAAGUAAGAAGAAGGUGUGGACAUGGUUGCUGAUCGCUGAAGGAUCUGACGAAUGGAGAAGAAAGAGGUCGAGAUGUCGCGUCGAAGCAGAGGACGCACAAUUGCUAUCCGUUUGCUAGAGGAACUGACGAAGGGAGAAGAUCCUGCGGAUUUCGCGACGGUGAAGGAGGGGAAGAGUCGCUCCAGAAUCCCUCAUGCGCUCUGGAAGCUUGAUCCAACCGCCGUCGAGCGAUCGAUGUCGGGGUUGAUUCACGCCGGAGUUCCUUGUUCAGGGGUCGGGGGCUUUGCGUAGGCGGAGGACUCUGUACGAUGCAAAUUUUACAAACAAACACUUGGGUUAGAGAAAUAAAUAAAUAAUCACUUUUGCUAGGGAAAUAAAAUAUACAGAAUAAAUAUUAAGAGUGUUUUAUUGGUAAAUGAUGGGUAAUUGUGUCAUUUCUCGGCUCAUUUAACAGUAACUUAACGGAAAAAUAGAUGGAAGGGUAAAAUUGUUACGUUUUAAUACUAGAAGGGUAUGUUCGUGCAAAAAUUUAGUAGAGGGGCACAUUUGUUAAUUCGUCAAAGUAGAGGGGUACAAAAUGCUAUUAACCCUUCUUUAAUUUGUAAUAAUUUGAUAAUAAAACUUUGCACUUAAA